AUGUCCAAUGGCAGCUAUCUACACUCACUGUUCCUGAGCAGCUGCUCAUUGCCCAUCUCUACCCCUGUGUCUACGUGCGUGUUCAAGCUGUACCUGAAGGGCACCACCUGGAGCCCCGAGAAGGACACCCUACAAUGUGCCAUGUGUCAGCUUUUGAACAGUUGGGAGCGCUGUAGCUGGGCGGACAUGCUCCUGGAGUUUCUGGAAUGCCUUCACACUCGGAACAUCCAGGUGUCCAAGUUGUCGCAGCAACCACAAGAUUGCUCCAAGUCUGCAUUUCGAAAAGCAAAUAUGGUCAGACAUUGGCAUCGAGCUCUGCAGCAACAUCCCUUCGACCAACCGGAGACUAUGCAUGAGCACUGGGUCGUCAGCAUCAAGCUCGUCAUUGUCGGACGACCAAUCAACACUGUCAAGUGCAGGUCGUUCAUCGACAUCUCCUGCGCCGUGCAUCUUCAAGACCUUGAGGGCAGCUCCAUAACUCGAGGCAUGAUUGAGCAGCUGUACAAUGGCCUUCACCGCCAAACCCCACGCCAAACCCCACCCCCAUUCACCAUCAUAAACAUGGACUUGCAAUCUGAGCACACCGCCGCCUCUGCCACUGGUAGAGGCACUGGAAAUUCCGUUAUCAGCGAAUUUUUCAGCAGGGUUCAAGUUCAGAACAGCCAGUUGUCACGAUCUGUCUCGACUCCUCCGUCGGGUCGUCUCCCAGGCAGCCCAACCCUGCAUGGCAACACUGCUCAGCCCGAAAGCGGUAUCACCUUCUCUGCGGCCAUGUAUACUGACGGGAAUGGCCUCGAGCCUGGCUUGGGGCUGCACUCGUCAGAUACCUCAAGCAUGGACGUUGAUCUCCGCAACAGCGAUAAUCAGGAGUUGGACCCUUUCAUAAGCUCAGGCACUGAUGUAUACAACACCGCCACUGCCAUGUCCACCAUCAGCGGCAACAUCACCCCAAUGCUGGUUCCGACACGGGCUGCGACACUGCUUCAGUACGCAGACCAGGAGAUCAUGGCAAAGAAACUUUGGGGAGAGACCAAGGACAAGUUUAUAAAAUGGUGCUCGGCUGGCCCGGAUGAACGCAAAGCAGCACUGGGGGCCAUGAUCUUCGUGAUCAUGGAUGCUCAGCACCCUGUUGCCCAUCCUCAACGGUCCUUGUACAUAUUUGCCCUACAGUGCAUUGUUGACAAGCAGCAAUGGGGGCUCCCAGCGAACCUGCAUCGUCAAGAUGAAGAGAAAUGGGCGAUCAUAGUUGCAAGCAGCCAGUCGUUCAUAAUAAACUGGCAGUCUGAUAUCAAGAAAGCGAUCAUCGUGUCCAUGGACAUAGACUCCAAGACCGGCAAGACUGCGGCCAUAUGUGGUGGGAAACUCCAUAUAUAUCAGCUCUGCAAGUACCUCACCAGCUCCCUCAGUAGCAAGAGCCAAAUCAGCGCAAACAUCACAGUUACAAUUCAGCUGUGCACGCGCAUCGCAUUCUUGGCCAUGACUUGGUAUACAUCCUAA